ACAACCUGUAAUCUGCUUACGGGCGGGCAGUACUCAAAAAGUUGCAUGUGUGGAGGUUUGAAACUACGAAGCUGGUUUGUUUUUGUCGACCAACGUAUUCUCGGCGGGUCGAUUUCGCUUUACGCGCUGGACAAAUGAAUGACGACAACGUGCAAAUCAUAUGUCGCCUACUCGAUGUCGGAUAGUAUUUUGUUUUGAAAAAAGUGGCGCACUUGUUUAAUAUUUAAUGACUGUGAAGAUUCGAAAUACCUAUGAAGAUGUGUACAAAUUAUUCGUGUAUCUGUGAUAUUUAAUAUUAAAGUGACAUUACUUAAUUAUUUAUUUUUGUUUGUGAUAUUAAAUUGUAAAAAUGAUGAUGCAGCCUACUAAGAGAAAUGGCAAAAGAAGAGUUAAAAAAACAAAUGUAAAACGAUGCUACUGCGAAGGCCAUUGUCCUGACGGUCAGCAAAAUGGAACUUGUGAGAUUCGAAGUGGUGGCGUAUGCUUCACUUCUGUAGAAGCUGUCUAUGAUGAUAUUCAAGAUAAAGAUGUACCUUUCUACACCUUUGGAUGUCUUCCUGAUGAUGAACGGGGACUUAUGCAGUGCAAAGGUCACCUAGUACCUCAUGAACAGAGCAAAUCUAUUCAGUGCUGCAAUGAGAAAGACGAAUGCAACAAAUUCUUACGCCCUACUUACCCAGAGAGGCCUACCCCCGAAACUCCUGGUUUUGGAUCAGCAGAUAGUUUACCUUUCACAGUCUUACUGACCACUGUGACCUUUUGCCUUACUUUAGUGCUUUUAGUAGUGGCGAUAGUAUAUGUUAAGAACAGACGAAAGGAGAUGCAAAGAAAAUUUGGAUUAUAUGGAAAGGGUUAUGCUACCGAAAAAUAUCCUAAAAUGGAGGUCCAUGGUCCCCUUACUAAUUUAAUUGAACAGUCCAGUGGAUCCGGAUCUGGACUUCCAAUUUUAGUUCAACGCACCAUUUCGAAACAAAUUCAAAUGAUUCAUUCUGUAGGAAAAGGGAGGUAUGGUGAAGUAUGGUUGGCAAAAUGGAGGGGCACUAAAGUUGCUGUCAAAGUUUUCUUUACGACUGAAGAACAAAGUUGGUUUAGGGAAACUGAGAUUUAUCAGACUGUGUUGAUGCGGCACGAAAAUAUACUUGGAUUUAUAGCAGCUGAUAUUAAAGGUACUGGCAGUUGGACUCAAAUGCUUUUGAUAACGGACUACCACGAGUUCGGCAGCCUUCAUGAUUACCUCCAAGAUCACUGCCUCGAUCCUACAAGUCUUCUGCUAAUGUCUCAGAGCAUUGCGUCUGGUUUAUCACAUCUUCAUACCGAAAUUUUUGGUACCAAGGGCAAACCUGCAAUUGCCCAUCGAGAUAUCAAAAGUAAGAAUAUUUUGGUGAAAAGAAAUGGAGAAUGUUGCAUAGCAGAUUUUGGAUUGGCUGUCAAAUAUCUGUCUGAUACAAAAGAAAUUGAUGUUCCUCCGAAUGUCAGAUCAGGAACAAGGAGGUAUAUGGCCCCAGAAUUGCUUGACAAAUCCAUGAAUGUUCAUAAUUUUGAUGCCCACAAAAUGGCUGACAUGUAUGCAUUUGCAUUAGUAUUAUGGGAAAUGGGAAUGAGAUGUGUCACAGGUGACAAACUCAAGAUUGCAGAAGAAUACGCAGUUCCAUAUUAUGAUUGUGCGCCCUCUGACCCUUCCUUUGAGGAUAUGCAGCUAGUCGUAUGUGUGAAGAAAAUCCGACCACAGAUCCCCCUCAGGUGGGAAAGCGAAGAAGUUUUACAAGCUCUUGCGAAAGUAAUGCAAGAGUGCUGGCAUCCUAAUCCUGAUGUGCGGUUAACGGCGUUACGGGUUAAAAAGACACUGUCAAAGUUGGAUACAGACACAACUAUAAAAAUUGUGUAAUGUUUUCCUAUUAUUUUUGUUAUAUAGAGUGUGGUAAGCAUAGGAAGUAUAUCGUGUUUAAUAGGACAUAAAAAUAUUGUUCAUUUAUUUUAUCUUUAAAUUAAUUUUAUUCCAUAUUCAUAAUUAAAUGAGAGUAAACGUUGCAUUUUAGAUUAGAAGCUCUAUAUGGUCAUAACAUUUAAUUGUACAUUAUUGUGUUAUUUAAUAGAGAUGUUACAUUUUCUAGAAGCACAAUAUAUUUCCUCUGGAUAGAUUAUAGCUCCAUAAUUUCUGAGUUGGAUCUGUACACCUAUCACAUCUCAAAAAGCUUUAAACUUUAAUGGACAAGUCCAAUAUCUUUAUAAGAAAAAAAUUGUAAAUAUUACAAAUAAGUUGUAUAUAUUCGUUUAUUAGUUAAAAUUUAACUAUUACACAAUUUCACUGUUAGUAGGCACUAUAUCUCGGUUAUUAAGGGUUUGAUAUUUUUGAGUGAUUAGUAUGGAAUCAUACGGUCAUUGUUUUGACAUAAUCAGAUUGAUUUUGUCAAAAUAGUUUUUGUUUCACUGAUUACUUAAAUUUACAAUAAAUCAUAUUACUAACUGAGAUGUGAAAAGUGAAGCGUUAUAUAAUAAUAUAUAGUCGAAAGUACCUACAGACAUUCACAAAGUCCAGUUGACUUAAAUAAAAAUCUAAAUAUUAAUAAAACAAUGUGGUAAGCACAGUAACUCAAAAAAUCAAAUUUGCCAUAUAAUAUAAUUUGCUUUGUAUAUGAUUUUAUUUAUGGUGAAAUAAUAAAAUUAUACCAAUAAUUUUAUUUUAAUUUUGAAAGCUGAAAUAUUUUUAAUAACCACACAUAAAUUCCAUUAAAUGAAUGAUGAUCCAUUUACAUUUUAUUAACUUAUACAUUUUCUUAAUGUUAUAUAAAUUUUUUUGAUAUGUAAACAAAUGUUAGUAUUAGACAUAACAAUAUACCUUUAAAUGUACAAAGUAACUGUAAGUAUUUAUUCAUAGUUGCCAUAUUUAUCAUACAUGUCACUGUUCUGCAUUUCCCUUAGAAAAUCAGAUCAAUGAUAAAUAAUCCUAUGUAAUAAUCUACUAUUUAGUGAAAAAUUCCUAUAUCUUAGUGCCAUUUUUAUUAAUUUGAGAGUUACUGUGUGGAAAAGUUUGAUUUAUGGCAUAAGGAUACCUUAGCUACAUGACCACCUUAAAAUAGGCAUUUGCCGUUGCUUAAAACAAUUAAUUCUUGUUUUUAUAUAUUCUAUUACACUUGUUAAGAAACAGCACUAUUUUUGUUUUGUAAAUUGUCAAAAAAUGCUCAAUAUUUUCAAAAUUUUGUACUAUUUUUUUUAAGACCUCAAUGUAGUUGACUUUAAAACCAAAUAUUAUACAUGGUCAUACCUAGGGGAGUAUAAUUAAUGCCUAUCCUGUGCUCCAGUUUUUCACUACCACACUAGUGUAAAAUUUUGCAUAAAAUAACAUGUCAACUGCUCAAAGUCCAGAAAGUACCAUUUUUCCUCUUUCUUUUAAAUGUCUUUUUGUAUUUUUCAAAAGAAGGCCGUGUGACUGUUGGAAUGUGCAUUUAUAUAAUUGUAUAUACAUAGCUAUUAUGACCUUAUUGUGACAUAAUGUAAAACUGUUUGAAUGUGCAGUAAAAUAUUGCAAGACUGAUAUUUUGAAUGCUGUGUGUUUUGUGUAAAAAAUAAAUGCAUAAUUAAAUAAAUA